GAGAAAUAUCCGACCAUGUUUCUGUUGUGGAUAGGACCUGCAACUGUUAGGGUGGUACUAAAUCAUCCUGAUAGUCUCAAACAGAUACUGAGAUCGGCAGAUCCAAAACCAGUUGGAUACGGCCAGGCGUACAGACAUGGAAUUCCAUGGUUAGGAGAGGGACUCCUGAUUGCGGGGGGUGCCAAAUGGAAGCGCUCCAGACGUCUGCUUACUCCAGCCUUCCAUUUUGACAUCCUGAAACCUUACGUGAAAGUCUACAAGACCUGUGCUGAUCAACUAGUGAAAAACAUUCAAACGUUCGCUGACCGGAAGGAGAGCGCUGAAGUGUUUGGAUUGGUCAGCGGCUGUACACUGGAUAUCAUUCUGCAGUGCGCGUUCUCCUACGAGACAGACUGCCAGAACCUCCUUAGGAACGACAACCGAUACGUUACCACUGUGUAUGAAAUAGCCACAGAAUGGACACGUAGAAACACCUGUCCGUGGCUUUAUUCGGACUUAUUCUAUUUCAAUACGAAAAUGGGGAAACAAUUCAAAAGUCAUUGUGAUUAUGUACACACCGUAGCAGAUGACAUUAUUGCAAAGAGACGGAGAGCUCUGGAAGACGCAGAUUUGUCUGAAAGGAAAUACCUGGACUUUCUGGACAUUUUGUUAACAGCCAAAGAUGAGGAUGGGCAAGGAAUGUCCAUAGAGGAUAUUCGAAGUGAGGUGGAUACCUUUUUGUUUGAAGGUCAUGAUACUACAGCAAGCGCCAUCUCGUGGAUUCUGUACUCAUUGGCUGAACAUCCUGAACAUCAGAUGAAAUGUCAGGAGGAAAUCGACAGAGUGGUCAGUGAAACAGAGUCUGGAGAGCUUGAGUGGAACGACCUUGAUAGACUGGAGUAUCUCACACAAUGUAUCAAAGAAGGAAUGCGUCUCCACUCACCUGUACCAGGGAUCUUAAGAGAAAAUCAAGCUCCAAUUAAGGUCGAUAACCACGUUAUACCAACCGGAAGUUGUUUAACAAUUUCAAUUUAUUGUCUGCAUCACAAUCCCACUGUGUGGGGACAAGACCAUAUGGAUUUCAGACCCGAAAGGUUCUCCAAAGAAAAUGUACGGAAGAUGGACCCCUUUGCAUAUUGUCCUUUUUCUGCGGGACCGAGGAAUUGUAUAGGACAGAACUUCGCAAUGGCUGAAGAGAAGAUGGUAUUGGCGACGCUUUUACAAAGAUUUACCUUUUCUGUCGACAAAACACACAUGGUCGAGAAACUGCUGGCGGCGGUCAUGAGAGCAAGGAACGGGAUCAAGUUGUUCGCUUCUCCCAGAUAAUUAACGCUGUUUUAAAACUAUGUUUUCUAAAUCUGAAAAGUCUUAAUUCACAUUGCAUAAGUUACAAAAG